CGAUUGGCUGAAACAGACCACCAGUCGUGGGUAUGCAGUGCGUAGAGCACUGGAGACACUCCAUGAGUGCCAGUGCAUACAUAAUACACCACACAGAGUGGAUUACAGCUCCUGCGUUCGGUGACCCCGCCGAUGCCUUCAUUCUUGAUCAGUCAUGGUGAUUGCCUGAUCGGCAUACGUGCAGCACUGUCCCCUUCACUGGGUGUGGCUUGGUAUCCGUCGCGAGUGUGGCGAGUCAGGUUGGGAAGGAGAAGCCAUGUCUCCGAACAGCACGUCACGAUUGGGAUAGCCCAAGAAGCCACUAGUGAGUUGGACACCCAAGUCCAGACCAGGAAGGUCGUAGUGGCACAUCUCGAGGAAAAUGGUGGCGGGAAUGGAGGGGAAAAAAGGAAAGGCUGCUCCAUCGUCCUUAUCGUUCGUCCUUAUGCGCUUCCCUUAUUUUUCUUUUCUUUUUUUUUUUUUUUCAUUUUCACUUUUGUCUUUUCUUUUCUUUUUUUUUUUUCUGCUUCCCUUCUGCCUGUUCUCUACUAUAGGCUGCUUUGGAGCCCGCUUCUUCGGGGACCGCUCGAUUGCUGACAUGACGAGAAAGCCAUUGGGGAGAAUGAAGCCCGUCGGAUUCCCCAUCCCCCAUAACUCUCUCGUACCGCGGAUGGGUCCCAAAUGAGACAGGCGGUUGUUCAAUUUCCAACAAGCUUACUUACCUUAUCCAGGCUGAAUGCUUGCGCAAAGGUAAAAACAACACAAUAAAAAUAAAAGUAAAUAAA